UACAUUGGUUUCACAGCAAAGCGAUGUUAAACUGUUCAAGGAUUUAAAAUUAUGCCACUUCCGGUAUAAUACUAGCGUGCAUACACACAGCGUUGUAUUUUUGUCCGCAGAGGAUACUCAUUUCUGAACAUUCGUAAGUAGCGGGGCUUCAAAGUCUUCAAAAUGAUUUGGCUUACUUUAACGUAACAACGUGUGAAAGACGGCAAUGACCAUGUCACUGUUGGUCAAGAGUUCUCGCAUGCGUUCUUCAUGAUUUGAGUGCAAGCAAGCUUCCUCAUGUGAAAAUCGCAUGUCGUGAUUGGAGAGUUCUAACCUAAACAAUCAAUGAGUUCACCAGUAUUGAAACGUAACGUGUAACUAUGUAACUAUGCGUUCAUUCUUUGAAAUGACUGCCACACACCUCUUGAAUUUGCGAUGAAGACGUGAAAGUUUGGGAGUUGGAGGAGACAUGACGAAAGAGGUGAAAAUUCUUCUCUGUGGGGGCACGGGGGUCGGGAAGAGUGCUGUGGGUAACACCAUUGUAGGUAGCAAGAAGUUUCUUAGUGGAACAAGACCUCACCCUGUUACAUUAGUGUGCGAAACUGCUUCGGCAGUAAUUCGCGGGAGGACUGUCACUGUAAUUGACACACCAAGUAUCGAGGAGCCCGGGCUGGAAGCAGAGUUUCAACGCUGCAUCAACCUCGAAUCACCCCCCGAUAUAUUUCUUAUCGUUAGCCCACUGGGCUAUCAUGGGGGUAAAGCUUUGAGGGCGUUAAAUAUUCUACAGACUGUCUUACCCGGACACCCGGUUGACGAUUACACCAUCCUGUUGUUCACCGGAGGAGAUAGGCGUGAAGAGAUAAAUGAAAGUACGACAAAGCGAACGGACGAUGCCGAGAUGCAGGAAUUAUUGACUCGCUGUUGCAACAGGCAGCUCACCUUCAACAAUGAAGUCAACGACCGCCUGCAGGUGUCACAACUGGUGGUCACCAUGAACAGUUUAUUGCACAAGCGUGGCCUUUCAACCAAUGAUGGUGGCAGUGGGAACUCGAGGAAAAGGAAUGCAGACGAGACCAACGCGAGGAAAAGGAGUGUGGAGGAGGCAUUAGAGGAACUUGACAUCUGGAAUUGGAAGCAAUACUCAACACAUCUUCCUGUGUUCUGUGGUGACACCGAAGGCAUGCUCCAUAGGGACAAAAUGGCUAAAGGCGAGAGCUGUAUUCAAGUCAAUGGCAAGUGGUAUACUCCCACGAAAUUUGAGGCGCUUGCCGGAAAGGCUUCCCACAAGAAGUGGAGGAAGUCCAUCCGCUGCCAACAUGUCACCCUCCAUCAGCUCAUUGAGGAUGGACAUCUGGCAUGCCCCUUGUUUCCAAAGAAAAAUACUGAUGCAAACCAGGGUGAGUUUCCUAUGUGGGCUCCUGAUGGGUCCCUUAUUGAAUCUGAAGAGUACCAGCUGAUUCUAACAGGAUCAGAGGGAAGUGAAAUUCAUACAGACAAGCUGAUGGCUGAGAAGGCCACAGUGGACGAUAUCAAAAUGGCCAAACUGAAAGAAUCGUCUCUGACUGCCACGAGCAAAAAGGCGGUGCAGACUUCUCAGAGGAAUCAACCUUCUGUUUCAGAGUCGCCCAAAAACUCAAAUGUGAAAACGGGAGAUGAGAAGGAAUCAUCUCCUGUCACGAGUAAAAAGGUAGCUGGGACUCCAAGGAAGACUCGAUCUGCUGUUGCAGAGUCCCUUAAAAACUCAAAGGUGAAAAUGACGGAGUUCAAAGAGGCGUCUCUUACUCUGACAAGUAAUAAGGUGGCUGGGACUCCUCAGAAGAAUCGACCCGCUGUAUCAGAGUCUCCCAAAAACUCCAAGUCUAAGGCCAGAAGUAAAAAGGAGAGAGCAAGUGAGAGAAGCAAGGCCAGGACCUCUCCAUUGCAGAAGGAGGUCAUCAAGGAAAAUGGCAUUCACGAUGGCCUGGACAUGACUCAGUUUCAGAACAGCACUUUGCCAGUCACAUGCAGAAGAGUGGUUGGAAUUCUGCAUAAGAAUCGUUUUUCCUCAGGGGCAACAGGCAAAUGCAUCAGGACUGCGGGUCGAUGGAUGACCCCCGAGGAGUUUGUGGAAGAGGGAGGCCUGAGGGACGGCAAGUGGAGACGUGAUAUCAUCUGCCAUGGCCAACCCCUCGCCACACUUAUUGAGAAAAAUAUCCUGCAACUUCAUUCUCCACUUUGUGAAUGUGAGGUGUGCACGUGUGAUGACCCGUCGGAGCAGAACAACGACGACCUGUGCUUCAUCUGCAGCCAGGACACUGAGCUGGUGUGCUGCGAUGGCUGCCCACGCUCCUUCCACCACGCCUGCCACCUACCUCCCCUGGGGCAGAACCUAGGGGAGCGGUGGAUGUGCACCUUCUGCAUCGUGGAGAAGUCUAACGAGCUGUGCCAUCGCACCAUGACCAUGACUGAGGCCAUGGAGAGCUCCGUCAUGAUCAACAGGCUGGCAUGCCAGUAUCUGCUGUUGUACCUGCUGAAAGAAGAUCAGGAUCUUAUUUUCAUGCAGGACCCUCGUCUCACGAUUCCAAACUAUGGGUCUGUGGUGAGCAACCCCAUGUGGAUAGAUAAGAUCAUCUCCAAGCUUACUCAAGGGGACUACAGCACAGUGGAGCAGUUUGCCUCUGAUGUUCGACUCAUUUUCAACAACUGCGCUAAGUAUAACAGGAAUAAUGAAUAUGGGAAGAUGGGCUUGAGACUAUGCAGAAUGUUUGACCAGAAGCUGAAGACUGCCUUCAAUAUUAGAUAAUGACUCUUCGUCUGCACCAUCCUCCAGUCCCCUGCUCCCCAUUGGGCACCCCAUAGUGCCAUCUUGUUGCAACCUAAUGGUACAGAUGUCACUCAGUGACACGUUGAUUGACUGGUUGUCCACCAUUUUUGUUCUUUUCAGAUUAACGUCAACAAUCGGUUGUCGACCUUUUUUAUUGUUUUUUUAUUUACUGCACAAAGACUCAUGACCGGAAACUGCACAGGAGGUGUUGGACUCCUUUGACAGGAAGUGAUAAUGAUCAUGAAGCUUUUGCUAAUGUCGGAGCUAGACUAUCAUAGAGGCUCCAGUAUCUCUAUGACUGUAUACAAGCAUUACCUGUAAACACUCAGGUCUGUGUGGUUGUAAUAAUUGUAAUCUCAUUGUAAUUAUGUUCAUUAUGCAGAUCUUAUGUAUGAAAAGGCCUUAAAAGUCUUACGGAGGCUAUUCAAACUAGCAAAAAUGUCCAAGAGGGGCUGUUCUUUUGUGUGGAUAUUUUAUUUUCCUUCAUUUUUUGAAAAAAAAAAAAACUUCAAACAAAUGGAACCUCUACUUUAUCAUGUUGUAGACCCUAUUCAUUUUUUGUGGUUUGUGUGUUGAUUUUUUGGUUAUUAUUAUUUAACUGAAGAAUACGUUUUACAGAUUCAGUUUACCAAGUUUGAUUCAUUCCAUAUCUUUACCCAUACUCGAGGAAAUGGGUAGCUCUAAAGAAAAUUUGUUACAUUUGUUUCUUUUUCCAAACUGAAUUGAGCUAGGCCUAUGUAUUCUAAUAUUUGUUUUGUGAAAUGCAAGUUAUACUUUCAAGAGUGCUAAUAAACACACAUUGGAAUACGAAAGCCAUAUUUGUUGCAUAAAAUGCAUGUUUGUUUCAUCACUCAGUCAGAAAAACUAUGCACACACACUCAUGACGUAGCAACUACAGCAGACAGACACUUUCCUUUCCACAAUAUGCGCUGAGUCGUCGGCUGUGGGUUUCAGUUUCCCACGCGCGACUGUCUUCUUAUAGCCUAUGUUUGUUUGUGUGACUGUUGCACUGUUCUGAAAUGUGGUGCAUAUAAGACUGGGGCUGUAUAAACACAUCCAAUGAGCUUGCUGUUUUCCAGAAUAUUCUUCGCCAAAUGCUGCCAACGCCUAGCCUAUU